AGCUGAGCUGAGCUGAGCGAUGUGUGAGCUGAGCUGAGCUGAGUUUCCUCCUGGCCUCUCUACCUAGUCAGUGAACGCCACGCACUGGCCGUGCCCAUGGCUGAGCCGAAGACCAACGGCGUGGCCGACGUGGUGGCGCCGAUGAUGCUGCACGGCCGCGUGGCCAUUGUCACCGGCGGCGCCGGCGGCAUCGGGUCGGCCGUGUCGAAGCACCUCACGUCACUCGGCGCGCGGGUCGCGGUCGCCUACGUCGGCGACCCCGCGCCGGCGAAGGCGCUCGUGAGCGGAAUCAACAACUCCGUGCACGCGGCGGCGGCGGCGGACGGCGGCGGGCCGAGGGCCAUCGCGGUGGAGGCGGACGUGUCGGACGCGGCGCAGGUGAGGGCGCUGUUCGACGCGGCCGCGGCGGCGUUCGGCGGGGAGCUCCACAUCCUGGUGACGGCGGCGGCCGUGCUGGACUUCUCGUACCCGGCGCUGGCGGAGACGAGCGAGGCGUCGUUCGACGCCAUGUUCGGCGCCAACGCGCGGGGCACCUUCCUGUGCUGCCGCGAGGCGGUGAACCGGCUGGCGCGCGGCGGCCGCGGCCGCAUCGUGACGUUCUCGUCGUCGGGCGUCGGGUCGCUCCGGCCGGGCUACGCGGCGUACGCGGCGAGCAAGGCGGCGGUGGAGGUGAUGACCAAGAUCCUGGCGCGCGAGCUGCGGGGCACGGGCAUCACGGCCAACGUGGUGGCGCCGGGCUCCACGGCCACGCCCAUGUUCUACACCGGCAAGACGGAGGAGGAGGCGGCGCGCUACAUCGCCGAGGCCCCGCUCGGCCGCCUCGGCAUGCCCGAGGACAUCGCGCCGCUCGUCGGCUUCCUCGCCAGCGACGCCGGCGGCUGGGUUAACGCCCAGGUCGUCCGCUGCAACGGCGGCACCAUCUAGCUACCUACACCCCCCGCCGCCGCCGCCGCCGACGACGACGACGACGAUGCAUGCAUGGCCCGAACAUAUAAUUAAACUAUUAAUUGUCUGCGCGCGCGUACGUAUUCAAUUAUUGCAUCGAAUAAUUGCGCUCCAGUUACAAACUGUUGGUCCACUGUUUGUGGUGUGAUGCUAUUCACGAUUCCUUUUUUUUUGGAAUUGUUUUUUUACCCUCUUUUGGGAACUGAGAUGUUGAGGAAUUUCUUCUCGUGUUUGAACGAAUUUAUACGAAAAUUGCCACUGCAGUUUAAGUAUGAACAAACAUAGAGAUAAGAGAAGAGAGUUUAUCAAACGUCUCUUGUCUCGUCAACAAGUGACUUCUUUCUUUUAUUUUCGAGAGCUAGAAAAAUUACAAGCGCGGUUUAUAUG